GGAAAUUAAUUUUACGAAAUUCCCUUUGGUGUCCUUUCGGUUUUUCAUUGUAAACCAUCUUUAAUCUUUUGGCAAAAUGCUGCGAAGUCCGUUUCUGAUUUGUAGUCCGCCCAAAAAGCUAAUGGCGCAGUGUCGUCGCCAAGUCGGCACCACAUUCACUUUGCAGGAUUGUAAAAAGGGAAAUGCAAGCGACAAGGGGAAUGGGAAUGGAAAUGGCAAGUUUCGCCUUGAGCAGGAUACUUUUGGAGAGCUCAAGGUGCCGUCUGAUAAAUUAUAUGGCGCACAGACGAUGCGCUCCAAGCUCAAUUUUCCCAUCGGCGACAUUGCCGAGCGCAUGCCGAUGCCCAUCAUCCAAGCAAUGGGUAUAUUGAAGAAAGCCUGUGCGGAAGUGAAUAAGAACUUUGGCAUGGAUGCCAAGUUAGCGGAUGCGGUGUCCGCCGCCUGCGAUGAUGUCAUCUCUGGCAAACACUAUCAGAAGGGACACUUUCCCUUGGUCAUCUGGCAAACGGGAUCGGGAACGCAGACGAACAUGAAUGCCAAUGAGGUGAUAAGCAAUGCGGCCAUCAAGGCAUUGGGUGGCAAACUGGGCUCCAAGAAGCCCGUGCAUCCUAACGAUCAUGUGAACAAGUCACAAAGUUCCAACGAUACCUUCCCCACGGCCAUCCACAUCUGUGUGGGCAUGGAGCUCAACGAGCGUCUCAUUCCCGCCAUUACGCAUCUUCGUGACGCCAUCGAGUGCAAGUCUGUGGAGUUCAAGGACAUCAUCAAGAUUGGACGCACCCAUGCCAUGGACGCAGUGCCGCUGACACUUGGCCAGGAGUUCAGCGGAUACGCCCAGCAAUUGAGUUACGCCUUGGAUCGCAUUGACGCCUGCCUGCCCCGCGUCUAUGAGUUGGCCUUGGGCGGCACAGCCGUCGGCACUGGCCUUAAUGCACCCAAGGGAUUUGCCGAACAGGUUGCGGCCCGCAUUGCCGAGCUCACAUCCCUGCCCUUUGUGACGGCGCCCAACAAGUUCGAGGCGCUGGCUGCUCGGGAUGCGAUGGUUGAGGUCCAUGGCGUUUUGAACACCAUUGCCGUAAGUCUGAUGAAGAUUGCAAAUGAUAUACGCUUCCUGGGCUCGGGACCACGUUGUGGUUUCGGUGAGCUUAUGUUGCCAGAAAAUGAGCCAGGCAGCUCCAUUAUGCCGGGCAAGGUGAAUCCCACACAGUGCGAGUCCAUGACCAUGUUGUGUGCCCAGGUGAUGGGCAACCAGGUGGCAGUCAGUAUAGGCGGAUCCAAUGGUCACUUCGAGCUGAACGUGUUCAAGCCUCUGAUCGUGUCGAAUGUGCUGCGCUCAAUUCGUUUGCUCUCUGAUGGCAGCGUUAACUUUAGCAGGAAUUGUGUGGAGGGCAUUCAACCGAACUCGGAGCGGAUUGCCAAGAUCAUGAACGAGUCACUAAUGCUGGUGACAGCCCUUAAUCCCCACAUUGGCUACGACAAGGCGGCCAAGAUUGCCAAGACGGCGCAUCACAAUGGCACCACACUCAAGGAGGAAGCCUUAAAGGAAGGUAUUACAGAGGAGCAGUUCAAGGAAUGGGUUGACCCAACGAAAAUGUUGGGUCCCAAGUGAAUAAAAGUGCUAUAUCUAAAUAACAAUUGAAUAUUUCCUGUAUGUACAAUUCAAUUAAAGCGCUUUCAACCAAUGUCAACAAACGAUA